AUGAAGCACUGGCCCUUCAAAGUGAUCAACGACUGCGGCAAACCGAAAAUACAGAUCGAGUUUAAAGGUGAGACGAAACGAUUCGCGCCAGAAGAAAUUAGCAGCAUGGUGCUGACAAAAAUGAAGGAGACGGCGGAAGCGUAUCUGGGAAGCACAGUGCGGGAUGCGGUAGUCACAGUUCCGGCAUACUUCAACGACUCCCAGCGUCAGGCCACCAAGGACGCCGGAGCCAUCGCCGGGCUGAACGUGCUCCGCAUCAUCAACGAGCCCACAGCCGCCGCGCUCGCGUACGGCCUCGACAAGAACCUCAAGGGUGAGAGAAAUGUUCUUAUCUUCGAUCUGGGUGGAGGAACCUUCGACGUGUCCGUUCUGACCAUCGACGAGGGAUCGUUGUUCGAAGUGAAGUCCACAGCCGGCGACACGCACCUGGGAGGCGAGGACUUCGAUAACCGACUAGUCAACCAUCUUGCGGAAGAGUUCAAGCGCAAGUACAAGAAGGAUCUGCGCCUGAACUCUCGCGCACUCCGACGCCUCCGCACGGCCGCUGAGCGCGCCAAGAGGACACUCUCAUCCAGCACCGAGGCCACCAUCGAGAUUGACGCUCUGUAA